AUGGAUCGACGCACACCAUACACACUCAGCGUUCUUGCGCCCAGCACUAAUGGCGCUGAAGAGUCUCGCGUUGCUAUUCAAAACAAAUUGAAGGACUUCGUACUCGAAUUCCAACUGGAUAAUGCUUUCAUCUAUCGAGAUCAAUUGCGACAGAAUGUCCUUGUGAAGCAGUACUACUGCGAUAUCGAUAUCGCCCACUUAAUUUCAUAUAAUGAAGAACUGGCUCACAAGCUCACCACCGAGCCUGCCGAUCUCAUUCCUUUGUUUGAGUUAGCGCUGAAGAGUUGCACCGAACGAAUCGUCUAUCCUGGCCAACGGGACAUCAAACUUCCCUCACACCAGCUCCUUCUUCACUCGUCGGCCUCACAUAUCUCCAUUCGUGACCUCAAUGCCACCAACAUCUCUCACCUCGUCCGAAUUCCUGGAAUUGUCAUUGGUGCCUCGACGAUCUCAUCAAAGUCGACCGUGAUCCACAUUCGCUGCAAGAGUUGCGACCAUGGUGAAAAUAUCAUCGUCGAUGGCGGCUUUUCUGGCGUCACUCUCCCACGAACCUGUGCUCGCCCUAAGGAUCCCAGUGAUCAGUCUGGUGAAAGCUGUCCUCUUGACCCAUACGUUAUUCACCAUGAAAAAUGUCAAUUUGUUGACCAGCAGGUUCUCAAGCUGCAGGAGGCCCCUGAUCAAGUCCCUGUUGGUGAACUGCCCCGACACGUCUUGAUUUCUGCCGAUCGUUAUCUGGCUAACCGAGUGGUUCCUGGAUCUCGCUGCACUGUGAUGGGAAUUUUUUCCAUCUAUCAAGCCAAGGGUGGCAAGAAGGAUGCAGCGGUCGCCAUCCGUAAUCCAUACUUGCGCGCAGUUGGUCUCAAUAGCGACGUAGACCAGACUGCCAAGGGAAAUUCCGUCUUUUCCGAAGAAGAGGAGCAGGAAUUCCUGGAACUGAGCCGUCGCCCUGACCUUUACGAUGCCCUCGCUCGCAGCAUCGCCCCGUCCAUCUAUGGAAACGUCGAUAUCAAAAAGGCCAUCGUUUGUCUCCUUAUGGGUGGCUCAAAGAAGAUUUUGCCUGAUGGCAUGAAGCUUCGUGGUGACAUUAAUGUGCUCAUGCUUGGUGACCCGGGUACUGCCAAGUCCCAAUUGUUGAAGUUUGUUGAAAAGGCUGCCCCUAUUGCUAUCUACACCUCCGGUAAGGGUUCUUCAGCUGCGGGUUUGACAGCCUCUGUUCAGCGAGAUCACACUACCCGUGAAUUCUACUUGGAAGGUGGUGCCAUGGUUCUUGCCGAUGGAGGUGUUGUCUGUAUCGAUGAGUUCGACAAGAUGCGUGAUGAAGAUCGAGUAGCUAUUCACGAAGCCAUGGAGCAACAGACCAUUUCUAUUGCCAAGGCUGGUAUCACGACUAUCCUCAAUUCCCGAACAUCCGUCCUGGCCGCUGCCAACCCGGUGUUUGGUAGAUAUGACGACUUGAAGACCCCUGGCGAGAACAUCGACUUCCAGACCACCAUUCUGUCCCGUUUCGACAUGAUCUUCAUCGUUCGUGAUGAGCACGAGCGUGGUCGUGAUGAGAGAAUUGCUCGCCACGUCAUGGGUGUGCACAUGGGUGGUCGUGGUGUUGAGGAGCAGGUCGAGGCCGAAAUCCCAGUUGAGCAGAUGAAGCGGUAUAUUAGUUACUGCCGUAGCCGCUGUGCGCCCCGUCUCUCCCCCGAGGCUGCCGAGAAGCUCUCCUCCCAUUUUGUCUCAAUUCGAAAGCAAGUGCACCGAGCUGAGAUCGAAGCCAACCACCGAUCCUCGAUUCCCAUCACAGUGCGUCAGCUGGAAGCCAUUAUCCGUAUCACAGAGUCCCUGGCUAAGCUUUCGCUUUCUCCAAUUGCUACUGAAGCUCACGUUGAUGAGGCCAUCCGACUCUUCUUGGCCUCCACCAUGGAUGCCAUCACCAAGGGCGAAAACCAAGGUGGCAAGGAGGUUAUGGAAGAAGCGAGCAAGGUUGAGGACGAGCUCAAGAAGCGCCUGCCAAUUGGAUGGAGCACCAGUCUUGCAACCCUGAAGCGUGACUUUGUAGAUGCCAAACAAUACAGUGAGCAAGCUCUGAACAGAGCUCUCAUGGUCCUACAGCGGAGAGGAACAAUUCAAAUCCGCUCUGGUGGAUCGCAGAUUUAUCGAGACGCCAGGUGA